CGGGGGGGAGAUAGGAAUGGGAAUGUCUCCUCUUACCUACCCCCUCCUCCCCUUCCGCCCGGGCAUUCGAUGUACAGGCAGGAGCCAUUUUGUGCGCGGCGCGUGUUCCGCGGGGCCGCGCUCGGCGGCGAGGAGGGUGUUAAAAUGUCCCUGGAACGGCGGCCGCGCGGGUCGGGCCUUAUCCCCGGUGUGUCUCUGGGGGGUGUGAGCGGCGGGCGAGGGGCUCGUCGUGGCCGUGCACACGCGUUCCGGGUCGCCCCAGUGUUCGGGGAGCUCGGGGCGCUCACUGUCGGGAAGAUUCCCUGCUGUUGUCAGUGCCUCCUGAGCCCCUCAGGGUGGUGCCCGGUGACAGGACAAGGAGUGAUGGCCGUAAACUAAAACACAAGAAGUUUCACCUCAGCAUGAGGAAGAACUUCCUCGAAUUGAGGGUGGAAGAGCACUGAAAUAGGCUGGCCGGGAAUGGCGUGGAUUCUCCCUCUGCGGAGACGUUCAAAACCCACUUGGAUGCUCCAGGCCCUCGAAGUUUGAGGUACAAAGCAUCCUAUAUACAAGAUUCUAUAAAGAAGGCCGGUGCUGAAAGGGGACUUCAGGGAGUGAGUGCAGGAUGACUCAGCAGGGAGCUGUUCUUCAGGGUUACAAUAAUGAACUAGUGAAAUGCAUUGAAGAUUUAUGUAUGCAAAAAGAAGAACUGAACAAACAAAUACAGCAAGCAGAAGAGGAAAAGCAUAAACUCCAGCAUGAAAUCCAAGUCCUCAGUGAACAGCUGGAGUGUGUAUGUGAAAGCCUGGCCCAAAAGGUGGCUUCACGGAAUGAGCUUGAUAAAAUACUUGCUGAAACUGAAGCUGCUUACAUGAAGAUUUUGGAUAGCUCUAGAACCUUACUUAAUGUCCUGAAGAAGGAAGUGGGGACCUUAAAGCAUUCACCAGAUCUGAAAACCAAUGUAACGUGAAACAGUCAAAUGUUUGGACUCUGCAGUGCUAAAAUUUCACUAGGUGAGAAACGUGGUCAGCCACGGAACCUUAUAGCCACAGUAUAAGCAGAGAGAGAUUUUCUUCCAGUGUUUCUGUAUGUUUUAUUAUUUUUCAAAUGCACUAGAAAAUAGAUGAAAUAAAGUUGCUGUUUUGUUUUAAAAAAUCUAUUUAAUUGAACACUACAAAAAUUAGCGAAUAGGUAGUUGAGGCAGAUAGGAGACUGUCAGUUUUGACAUGAUGCUUCAAGGCUUAGAAAAAAGGCGUGUUUCACUGCGUGACUUCAGAUGGGUCAUGGUAAAUUAUUCUUUGAAAACUAAUUGGAUGCAAGUCAAUCAGCUACUACUUCAUUUCACUUUACAAAUGCUUAGGCUUUGCUGUUGGGACCAAGUAGAAAUUAGAUGUUUAGCUUCCUCUAGGAGCUUGGAGUUCUGUCUGAUGCAUGCACAAAGACAGCCCUGUUUACAAUAAUCACCUACUUGAAUAGUAGAGGGAUAAUGUGAGAACUCUGGAGUAAUGCAGGGCAUGGUGGCUUAAAAUUAAACACUGUAUGUGGUUCAUGCAUAUUCUGAAGCUAUUCUUCAAAGCAUUUCUUAGAAAGGAGAUGUGCUGCAGUGAAGGUCAGGUUUGAUGCACGUGCACAGACAGCUACACCAUGAACACUUGGACAAGUAAUUCACUUGGGGGUAAGAAAAACGUGUCAGUAGCGACUAGAAGUCCUGAAAAACCAGUGGGGUUCAGUUAAAAAUACAGAGGUAAGAAGAUAAUUCUGGCUAAAAGCCAAUAAUAGAAUUUCUGGAAGCCUUUUUAGUGCCUUUUAGCUCUAUACUGAUCUAUUAAAUAAUUGUUAUAAGAUUGUGGAGAAUAAUGAACAUCCUGAAAUUAUAUGAAAGAUGUACAAAUGAAAGGUGAAAGAAGAAAAUUGAGAAGUGGGUUGCAAUUAUCAGCCAUUCUUACAGAGGACAUUAAAAGAACUUAGUUUAGAGAUCAGUUUAGACAUAACAGCAUGGCAUAAAUUUCAAUGUACUGCUGUUUUCUGUUUCUGCUGAACUUCUUUGUUCAGCAGAAAUCUCAGCAGCGUGUGUGUAUGUACACGUGCAUUUUGUCCCACUUAUGCAUGUUACAACAGUAACUUUUUAAGCUGUGUCUUGUAGUAAAAUCUUCAUUCAAUACCAAUUAAUUAAAAGGAAAGAAGUGUAAUUGAAAUCUCCUUACUUGAUAGUGGUGUGUCUCUCAGGUGCUCAUACAGAGGGAAUGGAGAUGUGAAUAGUUUUGGUAAUAGCUCUUCAUCAAUAACAGGGAGUAAAUUUUGUGUUCUUCUGGUUACCAGGCUAUAUCAGGAUGAGUGUGAAUGAGCUAAUCGAAGUUUACUUGUAUGCACUUCCAGGGGCUUUCCUCUGGGGAAUUCCCAGUGGGUAAUGCAGAGGUGAUAAAAUUACAUCAUCUCAGGGGUAUUGCUGUUGAAGUACUGCAGCACUCAGGACCACCUUGUUUAUGUUGAAGUGAAUUUUUAGUAGCAAAAAAGUGAUUUAUUUGGACAUUUCAUGGCAUUCUGUCUGCCCUUAGAAUGGUAGCAGUAACUGAUUUACAGCAAAAUAGGAAGACUCAGGAAAAGAGAGCAAGAACUUUCGAGUUGCAAAUGUAAACUGCUGCACUGGAAGUCGAAAUUGUGAAAAACAAUUUAUAUCACAGAAAGCUCACUUACAGAGAACUGUACAGUUAAUUUCUAGUAUUGGUCUCACACAAUAAUUACAGGUUUGUUUGCCUUAGAGUAAUCUUAAACAAUGCCUGUUCUACUGAAGCUGAUAAAACUAAAGAAGCUUUAAGAGAAGCCUUAAAAGUCUUUAAAUAAAUCUACUUCACAGCCAUUAUUAUGUCUAGUUGUAGGUAACUAAGUAACUGGAGAUGCAGUUUUUCAAUUUUUUUUUUUACAAAACUAAGGGAAAAAUGUAACUGUUGUCUAGUACUUUUGCACAUACUGGGGCCUCCCAACAUUCAAAUAAAAAGUUGAAAUGUUGCUAGAAUUUCAUUCAGUGACCCCAGUCUAAAAUUUCCAUUUAAAUUCACAUUUAAAAGGAGAGAGAAAUAAUAUAUCUCUAGGGCUUGCCUGUUUUUAGAAUAACUCCUAAAUGUGGCAGUCAUUGUGCACCUGUAGAGUUGCUACUCAAAAAGAGUGUUUAGCAUUAUAUUCUGUAUUGUAUUGACCCAGAUCAACCCUUUUAUUGAAGUGGUAACCUUUUUCACUGCUUUUUCAGACACUAUAAAUCUUGACAUGAAUAGCUUUUGUUAAACAACUUCACUUUGUUCAGAAAACAUGCAGACUGAGUUGGUCCAAAGGAUUGCUGGAAGAGAUAUGAUAAUAUGCAGAUGGGAGCAGCUCUGCAGGAAUAGCCUGAAACAAAAAGACUACCUGGAAUAAGGCAGGUCAUAAGUUUAAAGUAUCUACUUAUUCCUAACUUAAUUUUUAUAUUGAAUUUUUACAACUCUCUGGGUUUGACCCAGAGUGCUUACAGUUUAGGAGCCUUACUGACAAAAGUUGGGUUCCUAAUCAAAACUGCUGUGUUAUGUGUUCUGUAUCUUAUUUAGUGUGUGAGAAGACACAGUUUUUGAAACUCCUACCUGUCCCUGAUUCAGAGAUUUAGUGAAAUGCAUCUAGAGCAUUGGUUUAAAGUCCUGAAUUUAUGUAAAGGCACCUUUGCCUGAUUUCCAAAUAACAGAACAUAACUGGAAGAGAUCUGAUGAUUCCCUGCUUUUAUAGCAAUGCUUCUUGAAAAAGUGCCUAGCACUUAAAACACUAGCGAUCAACAGUUUUUUCGAAACACUUGACUGUUGACUCCUUGCAAGUAAACUGAAGAGAAUUUGGCAGUUAUCAAAGAAACUGCUUUGUGGGUGGUAUGUUGAAUUAGAAGUAAUUUUCGGUGUGGAAGUGAGUGUAGGAACCACUGGGUGAAGUGUUUAUGCCAGCAGCCAUUCACACCCCAUUACUGUCUCUUUUCAGAGGUGCUUACCCUGCAGUUCAGGUACCUCCCACAUAAAGUUUCUGUUAAUCACCUUACAGAAAUGGGACUGGACUCGGGGCUCGCCCUAAUAUAAGGGUAGGAAAUAAAGAGAAGGUAUGGAUGGUUCGGGAAGACUGGGGCAUGAGGUGGUAUGAUAGGGAGGUGGAGUUUCUCCUUAUUUCUGUCUGCUCUAAGUCUACCUGUACUGAGCUACUGCCUACAGUUCUUGCUACCCAAUAAAUCAAAUUUUAAAAAUCAUCUGAGCUUCAUCUGAACUCUGGACUUUUCCCCCCUUCCUUUAAGCCCACUGAUAGUCAGCAAAAGAGGCAACCUGUGUUUUGUUUUUCUGUCUUUUAUUUCUUCCUGUUAGGUAAGCAUGCUGCAGGCUCACACAGGGUGCAGUGCUGUUAUUUCCUGUCCUCAUUGCUCUCCUAUGAACAGACCUCAGUGAACUGCUUGGGUUUUAUAAAGAACCUCAAAUUCUGUGUGUACUUGACGUACUGUGUAUGUCAGAUUGACCUCUGAGAGUUUAGGCAGAGGAUUGGCAGGUGUUUGGCUGUUGGUGAAUGCAAGAGAUUUGUUUCCUUGGACUAGGAAUUCUUCAGACCAGGCAGAAGACUAGGCAUCUUCAAAUACCUAUUUGAAUGUCCAUACCUAUUUGAAUGUCAAUGAAUUGUCCGUUCAAACAAUGAAGCUAGCUUUUAGUCUAAGCCCAGGUGGCUGGAUCUUGGAUUGUUGUUUUUGAGAAUCAGUUCCCAUCUAAGUCUUGGGGUACAAGUGUGUUCCACUCCAAAUUGAUUAAGUGGAUUGAGCUAAACUGGAGCAAGGUACUGGUAAUUCUAUAACAAGAACAUUCAGAAGUUUGUUAGCCAAAGGAUCAAAUGUCUACAGUUAAUUCCUCAGACAGAUGACUCUUGUGCAGAAGACCAAUAUCUACUGCUCCUUAGAUGAUUUUGCUUCUUAGGAGUGAUUUGAGUGAUAAGGUGUAGCUUGUGGCAGUUGCCUUAACUUUGAGUAGACCCUAGAUUCUUGGGGUUUUAUGCAAGAAGUAGACAAAACAGUUGUUUUUUAUAAUUUAUUUCAGUUUUUAAAAUUUCUUCCUUUUCAGGAAUGAGCAAAGAAUUAUUAAUAAAUAGUUCAGUGUUGAUUUAUUUGUGUGUGUGUUUGUCAUUUUCUUUACAGAUGAAUAGGCAAGUUUUCCUAAAAUCAGAGUUCUCUUUUAGCUUUAAUGUAUGCGUAUGUUUAAAUAUAGAUGUAAAUAUUGUCUUUCUUCUCUUUUGGGUGAAGGACAGACUAGCCUUUGAUUUAAUUUGUGAACCAGUUGCUUUAUCAAUGUCUCUUGUUUUACUGGGGAGGAGUUAGGCACCAUGGCCACUUCUUGGAUGUCUGUUCUAUGCCUUUUUUAAACUUGGGAUAGGUUUUUUGUUCUCUGUCCCUUAACUAUGUCUAUUAGUAGAUGUCCCAGAGUAAUCAUUGAUGGUUGUCUGCCUCAGUUGGUUUCAGAUGAAGUUUGUUUCACUAAGCUGUAAGUUUUGGUUCAAGCUGUAAAACCCAGCUACUUGCACAUUAGGUGUUGAUAAAACAUGGAGAGGUUCAAGGUUGCAGAACAGGGAGCUAUAUGGUCAUUCAUAGCUCUAUCUUGUGGAGUUUGUGGGAACAGUAGUUCAGUGUUGUAGUCUGUAUUUACAAAAAUAGUGUGUUAGUAGAAUUGGGGCUAGUAGAACACUUUCAUUUUGUAGUGGUUUCAAAAGUAGUUUCACCGAGAUCUUGUGAGGUGGAACAAUUUGCAGGGGUUUUUGUCUAUUUGUGCAAGACUAUGGAUAUGCUGCAGUAAUUACAAGUAGUACAAACUUCGGUAUUUUAUUUAGCAGCACCAUGGAAAAUUAACAGUGUAAAAUACAUGCUUUUUGAUUAUUGCAUACCUAUUGUUUGUGACCCGAUGCAAAGCUGAUAAUAUGUGUAAGUAUGCCUUAUCUGAAUGUCACAAAUGGGAAAACGUUACUUUUGGAAUUCAUUCUCAUCUAGGAUUCAUCCAUAUUAGAGGAAAACAAGCACAUACAGACAGAGAUCAUGUUCAGAAAAAGUAAUUUGAAAAAAGUCCUGGCAAUCAUGCUAUGGAGUUGGGAUUGAUUAUGAUUCCACUGACUUUGAUGGGAGCUUGUUUCUCCCACACCUCACUGUGAUCAGGGCCUGUGAAGUUUCAUGAGGUGGCUUCUCCUCUCAGCCUUAGUAGCAGUCGUGUAGAGAGUGCAUGUACUUGGUCCUGAAGGAUUUAGAACACUGUUGGGUAUUCUUGUUUAGUAUCUUGUGUGAAGUAGACAUGCAGCUCUCUAGUCAGCCUAAAUCAAGACCACAGGAGUGUUAGAGAUUAUGAAACAGAGAGGCUGAACAAUUUUUAACACCUACUUGGAAAUAUGUUUGAAAUUACAAAACCUAAUAGACUGGUCACAGACCAUUUUAAAGUUAAAUCUUCACAGGUGUUAUUUUUUGAGCUUCAUAUGUGUAGGUUCUCUUGCUUCAGUCAGAGCUCCCAUAAUUGGCUUGAGGUUUUCCAUUGAUAUGGGACAUAUGGGAGCGCUUCUAGGAAAUUAUUUACAUCAUAGUCUAUGACAGAUUUGUAAUUUACUUUUUUUUUUUUAACUAUAUAAUUGAUUUAGUUGACUGUAGUAAAAAGUAUCAUAUUUCCUAAAGGCUUUUAAAGUACUAUUUGUUGUUGUUGUAUGAUUAUUAACAAGUUGAUACAACUUGGAUACUGAUUCUGAUCAGGCAUGUCUGUCAAUUCCUGACACAAAUUCCUCUUCAUAUUCUGCAAGCUUACACUUUUUAAAAAUCUUCUUCCUUGCACAGAAAGAGCACUUUAAGUUGAAUAUCAGCAUGAGAGAGUUUGUUUUUUGAAGUUUUUUUUUAAUAUAGUUAGUAUUCAGGGCUGAAUCAUACACUGUCAGGUGUUUAAAACAAAAAAUUGGCAGUAAUUCUUAUAUGGUUUUGCAGUUGUUCAGUAAUAGAAAUCCUGCUAGACUUUUGUGCUGCUCACUGCCUUGUUGUGAGAUUAAUUGCUGUAACUCACGAACCCAAGAUGCUCUUUGCUGUAGAAUACUGAUUCUUCCUUAAGUAUUGUUGCUAGCAUGAGUGGAAUGGAUACUGCGUUGCAGGGAAUGUGGGGCGAAAGAUGAGCUGCCUUUUUAGUAGAGACCACCAUCUGGAAAGAGAGAAAGAAGCAUCCUUGUUAUCCUUGUCUAUGGUAAAGUGAUGUGAGACAAUUCAAAUGAACUUUUUAGAAUGGUCAUAAUUCUCUGUUGUAAGGGUCACUGAAGCAAGCUGAAAAAAGGAAAACCCAGUCCAUGCUGUCAGUCACAAGGAAUGUGAUACCUGAUUGCAGCCAGGUUAUCUUUAAACACAGGCUCUCAGGUGCAGCUGGAAGCAGCAUAGCUGCUGCAGAACUGGGCUCAGUGAGGGUUGGUUUACCCUGCCAAGAAGCAGUUGGUCCUGUGCACACACUUAGGAAAUCUGAUACACUCUGGAGUCACUUGACUUGUUAGAAAAGUGUGACCCCUUCCUGUUCUUUAAACUCAGGGAAUUAUAACCCCAUAAGAAGGAUAUUUAUUUAAAAUCCUGUACUGUUUAGUGGUUUUUCUCUGAAGCCUAAAGUGUUCUUGCUUUAGAUUCGGGUUGUUCAAGUUCAAGUACCUGUGAGCAAAAAUACGGAUGCCCAAGUUCUACUGAAGCCCACAAGCCUUUAAGUUGUUGAUAUUCACUGUGUAGUACAAGUCAAAUGCAGUCUUAAUCCUUCAGUCAAGUUGUAAACUUUGUGGCUCCUCUUAGUUUAAAUUAUUUGCACGAAGUAUUGCUUGCUCAGUUUGGAAUGUGCUUUCGGUUUUCUGUUUGUUUGUUUUUUAAUGAAGUAUUCCACUGAGGCCUCCCAUGGCACUUUGCCAUACACAUUCAUGGUGUGCAUGUAGAAUGUUUUCUUUGAGAAUGUCACAAGGAAACUACCUGUACAACAAUUUAACUGAAACAAGAUUUGGUUUUAUGCCAUGCUGGUUUUGUUUUUAAAAGUGUUUAAAAAUGAUGCAUAUAUAAAUAUAUAUUUAUAUAGGAUAUAUAAACAAGUGCUUCCAAUGAACUGAUCACAUAGUACCUUACAGAGACUGUUAAUUUCUUUAUCCCCUUGAUUGACAGUAACACUCAGCAGUAAUCUGCCCCAAAUAAGGGACAUAUCUGGGAAUGGCGGCUUUGCUUUUUCAGCUUCAGUUGAAUGCUCUGACUUGGACUGGUUCCCAGAGAUUCAUGUCUUGUUUGGUGUUUUGACAUAAACAGACAGGAUUAUGCAUUCUCAACCUGUGUGUUGGGGGAAGGGAUAGAUAGAGGCACACUUCUUUGCUUUGCUUCCUCCACAUUGCAUGCAGCAUGAUGAUGAUGUUUAAAUGUGUUACUCCUUUCUCCAUAGAUAGACCCUGCAUGACAAGGUAUCCCAACUCCUGAGCAGCUGCUCUCACUUCCCAGGCCUGCUCUUUCCAAGCCAGUCCUUUGGGACCUGACUGUAGGAGGUGGGGCACAGGAACAGAAAGAACUUUUAAUGCUAGUUGCUAAUUAAUUACCUUUAAAAACCUAACCUUUUUCAGAUACCAUGCCUUUAUAGAUCCUAUUGUUUUAUCAGGUUGCUUAUUACUUAUCCUAGUCCAUGUAAGACCACCAGGUUUUUUAGGCAUGGAGGUUCCUUGAUGCUUAAAAGUAGUGGGAGGUCUGAAUUCUAGUUCAUCUGUAAUAGCAUACAAAGCACAUUCACAGCAGCAGGUUGUGAGGCAGCCAUAUUCCACCACAGCUUGUUUUGGGUUAAUGGAUGGAAGUAGCAUGGCAGUGAAGAACUCUUAGGUAUCUGGAUGGAUGGGGCUCCUCUAUAGUGAAAAGAAUGUAUGAAUUUGGAUUAAGAACUACUUUAACCUAGGACAGAUGGCACCUGACAGCAGUAUUCGUAUAUUCAUAUAUACAUAUAUAUAUAUACAUGCUCAUACAUUAAAAUGUAUAUAUAAGUAUACUCAGCAUUUUCAUAAGUAUAGAGAGUUCUUGGUAGAAAGCUAAUACUUCAGUAUUAUCUGCCAUUAGAAAAUACAUUUUAAACCAGUUGGACAUUAACAACUUGCAUGAGAUUGUGUAUGCUGUUUUUUCAGUAGUCUUCACAGUCUUGUUUCCACAUAAGCCAUCAUUUGUAGCACCAUCCUCAUCUUUCUCCUGCAACAGCUUUUGUUGCCUCUAUUUCCCAGCUCCUUGCUUAACAUGUUUUUAGUUAUCCCAAGCUGCUGACCAGAAACAUGCUUCUCUUCUGACAUGUGGUGGAUCAGAGAUGCUUUCAGCAUCUUCAUACUGUCCAGACAUGAUCUGACACACUUGGAAAAAUUGCAAGAUAAAGAGAUUACAUUCAAUUUGAUAGUUUCCCUAAAGUUAUGGUUGGAUGGGGUGAUAAUAUUAUAUUCCAGAGAAAUAACAAUCACCUGAUCUGAGUUUCAUUAACUUAAAAAAAAUUUCAUUCAAAAAAAUGGUGUAGGUCAAAGCAAUGGAUGGAUGGGAAUUUUCCUGAUAUGCUAUGGAGAUUAAAGAACAGAAGUUUAUUUUGUCUGUCAUCAAGGAUAAAUAAUACAAUUUUCUGCAGAAAAAGGUCUGUAUGAGAUGCUGUAAUUUAAUUAGUAUUAAGGCUGUGUUUGUUUCUGGAUGUGUUUCAGAGUGAUGUUUGUUCCAGAAAUGUUUGCUGUGUGUUUGAGAAAAAAUUAGGAAAAGGAAUAGAGUGCUGAAUCUUGCAGAUAAUGAUCUCAUUGAGGAAGCUGUUAUAGGUCACCUGUGUCUUCUUCAAAGCUCUGAGUGUGACCCGUAUUGCAGAUUAAUAAAUACAUGCUAAGACAGAGUGGAGUAUGUCACAGUGAUGCUACUCAGAAAAACUUACUUCAAGGCAUUGCAUGUAUUCAGCAAUUUUCUUUGCAGUCCUACUCUAUUUUACAGCCUAAUCUAUUCCAAACUAAGAUGUGCUAGAGAUAAACAUUGCAGAUGCCUUUUUGUGCAGAGGGGAAGGAGAGGCAAUUAAAAGUCUGCAUGCUGUGAAGUCUCUGGGUACCAACAGUGUCUGCACAGAUUUUUACAAUGUUUUAGGGAACAAUUGGAUUUUCCGCUGUCUGGGAUGCGUGAACGCAAAUAGUUUUUGAACAAGGACAGUAACUCAGUUAUUUUCACUCUGGCUAAAGUCCUGCUGGUUUGCAUAAAGGUUUCCAUUUUUAUUUACUGAUAUCAAAGUCUUGGUGACCGAGUGGCUCCUCCAGAUCAGAUGUUGUUUUACUAGAACGCAUCAUUUCAUUUCUGACAAAGAAAGAGCAAACUUCUGAUAACGCAGUGAAAAAACCUGGGGUAGGGCAGUAUCUUGUAUUGGCCUCCAUCAAAGUCAAGGAAAAGCACAAAAGGACAAAACUGCUGGCCGUGGUCUGAAUCAAAUGGGGUUGCCUCCAAGAGUAGCAAGUGAGAGGGCUUUUCUUUCUUUUAACUUGCUCCCUCCUACAUCAUUACUGGGCUAAGUAAGACAAGAAUUUUCUUUUGAAUAAUAAUAAAUGGGAUAAUUUGCUUCAAGAAAAGCUAGUUCCAUAUAGGAGACAGUUAAAGCCGCUCCAUGGGAGCUUUAUUUACUUUUUUCUUCAAAAAAUUUUCAUAAUUCAAAUUCUAAAAGCAAGCAGCCAUUGCAAGGAAAAGGGAAACAACAAAAUGUUGUGUUUGCUUGUCAUUGCAGACUUUUUAUACUUACACUACUUCGCUCCUAUGUGCAGUUUCUUGGAUGCAAGUAUUGCCUGUCCAAAACAUGGAUUUUUGGUCUCAGAUCUGUUCAGUCUAAUGUUCCUUUUCUUAGUUUAGAUAAGCUUAAUAAAGCAGUAUACAUUGUUACUUAUAUUUUAUGUACAGUAUAUAGACAUAUUAUAUAUUACUUAUAUAAGUAUGUUGUUACUUAGAUAGGUAUUAAAUUUACCUGUAACUCUUAAUUAAAAGUUUUUUUCCAUUGCUUACUAUGCCAUGUAUUACAACAUAUGUUACCACACGUGUAGCUGGAGUGGGGCUUGGUUCUCAGACAUUAAGAUGACUUUGAACUUGCAGUAGCUGAUAAGUAUUUUAUAGUUUGAGGUGUUGGCAAAUUCAGAAGCAGCCAAACAUCGGGAAGUAUAACUUGACUUUGCAAAUUUAAAUUAAAACUUGCAUAUUGCCUUACAUGGAA